UGAACUAACUCAAAUCAGCUGUUCUGGAACUGGAUACUCAGAGUUUCCCAUCUCAGGGUAAAUCAACUCAGAGCUCAGGGUUAGACUUAGAGUUUGUUGAACCUCCUACCUGGAAUACCCCUCCGACCAAUUGGUUCCAACUGGCUCAGGUUAUACAUGACAGAAGAGGGGCAGGAGCUUCGUUUCAACACAGGCCCUCGUUGGCUGUUGCAGGCUGUAGACGGGACAGGGAAGCUCCUAACUGGUCGAGUGAGGUGUCAAUCGAAAGCCCAGAGUGCAGGCUACAUUUUGAAUGCAGGACCGGCGGUAAUCUCACAUGUAAACCGGAGUUACAAUGAGAAAUACAGCGGCAUUUUUAGACAUUGACUGGCGCAUUUCCAACGACGCAGCAGUGGUUCGUGGAUAUUUACUGGUAUAACAAUGUGUUUUGGACUAAAUACUUUACUGGAUUCGAUUGACUGGACCUUUGUGAAUGUAACAAGAUCAUGUUUGUGGAAAUACUUCUGACCGGAGGAUGACUAUGAGGCUUCAUUGGUAAUUAUCAACUUUGAGAUCUGCAUCAUCUCCACGAUGAAGACGCUGACUGUGUUUGCGCUUCUUUGUGCUAUGAUGGCAUUGACCACAGCUGCUGCUCUGUCCGAGGUGAAGGAUGAACACGGGACAGUGGAAGUAAUUCAAGAAGGAGAGCAUCACGUCAUUGAGAGAUCAACAUCUUGCCCCGGUGGUUGGAAUCUGAUUAAUGGCCGCUGUUUCCUCUAUGUUCCACGAUCCAUGUCUUGGGCUCGAGCUGAGUUAAACUGCCAGUCCAUGGGUGCAAACCUUGCUUCUGUACAUCUAGCUGAGGAGUAUCAUGAGCAUUACUGGUUCUGGAGUGAUGGCACAUCUUUCAACUACCGGAGAUGGUGUCAUGGAGAGCCUAAUAACGGUGGUGGUGCAGGGCAGCAUUGUAUACAGAUGAAUUACUCAGGUGGGAGGUGCUGGAAUGACCUCCAAUGCUCCGACAAGUUACCGUCUGUCUGUGCCAGGAAGAGAUGAUGAUUCCAGGUCUGACACAGAGACAUGAAGAACCUGCUUUCAUAUACAUCUUUCUUUACACCCUCAGUCUCACAUGUGAGCUGAGUUUGUCUUUGCUAUCGCUGUAACGCUACUGAAGGAAUGAAGCGACAAGUGACAUGAACAGGAGCUGGAUUGUCUCUGAGGCCUUGUGCCUUUAAUGAGAGCAGACUGAAUGUGUUAUGAAAAGAAUGCUUUUAGCACAAAUCUACAUAUAUUCUGCAAAGUAAACUCUUCUUUCUUGUCUUAUGCAAAAUUAAAGGCUCAAGCAUCCAAACAAA